AUGAGAUAUUCAACUUUAGUUAUCAUUGCAGCUUCAUUGAGCGCUAUUUCAGCUUUACCAAUUAUUCCUGGUCAUUCACAAGGUCCUAAUGAUCCAAAUGCUCCUCGUGAUAUUUUAAAGAGAGAAGCUGAACCUGAAGCUUAUGAAGGUCAAUAUAAAGGUGGUAAGCCAGAUCCUCACACUAUUGGCAAAAGAGAAGCUGAAGCUGAAGCUAAUUUCCCUGCUGGGCAUCCAACAGAUCCACAUGUUCCUGAUGUUCCUCGUGGUAUUUUGAAAAGGGAAGCUGAAGCUGAAGCAGCCACCCCUGAGCACCAUCCAUCAACUGCAAACACUCCUGAUAUCCCUCGUGAUAUUUUGAAGAGAGAAGCUGAACCUGAAGCUUAUGAAGGUCAAUAUAAAGGUGGUAAAACCGAUCCUCACACCAUUGGUAAAAGAGAAGCUGAACCAGAAGCUGAAGCUUAUUGGGGACAAUAUAAGGGUGGUAAAACAGAUCCUCAUACUCUUGAAAAAAGAGAAGCUGAACCAGAAGCUGAAGCUUAUUGGGGACAAUAUAAAGGUGGUAAAACAGAUCCUCACACCCUUGAAAAAUGA